AAGUCUUAGCGUGAUGCAAGGAUAAUAGCAAAAAUUGAAGCAUAGUAAUAAAAUUAAACAAGCCUCAGCGCCUCAGUUGUGCCUAUGUAGCCGGGCUUCAGGUAGCUCGGCAGUGCUGAGGGACGCACAAGCUGGAUAACCUUAGGCAUGAUGGUGACUCGCUUGGCGUGGAGUGCAUAGCCCAGAGAAAGCUUCAAAUUCAAGGACAAAAAAUCGUGCUAAAGCCUAAACUGGGGAGAACGGGAGGGGGCUUCGCGACCCUACCCUUCAGCAUAAAAAGGGCACUAGAUGGGUAAAGAAAGAACCAAUUAUAGUGAAAAGUAAAACAUCAAGGGAUCAAAUCUUUUCUGUACUUUUUCUUGCUCUCGCACAGGGGGGAUGUAAUGGCGUCGUCUGCUCCGUCGGCCUAAGAAUCCUCCUUGGUGGAGCUCGUGGUGGAGGCAACGAAACCUCAAAUGUAGGUUACGACUGUUGCGGCAGAUGCAACGUCAUUUGCAGAGGGAGAGGGGUCGUUUGAUCAUUGCCGCUGCAUAGGAUCAUCCGGAGAUUGACGAUGAUUAGCGAUGACGGAGAGUCUGAAGCAGAGCUCUAAUGGCGACGGUGGACAACGAGCAGGAAACUACAUGGGGACGACAACGAGCAGGAACGGCGGUCGAGCGGGGGAAAGAGGUUUCAGUGAGCAGGAACGGGGACGACGUCGGACGGGGACGAUAGCGAGCAGGGAUGGCGACCGAGGGAAAAAAAUUAGGUUAAUUUUGGCUCUGAUGCCAUGUUAACAUUAAAAAAAACUUUAUUAAUCUUUUUUUUGUACACAUACAACUGUACAAGACCAUCUUUUUACAAGAGAAGGAGACAUACAAGGGUAUUUUAUGAAAAUAUACUAACAAUAGUUAAUUUAUUUAAAAUAAAUAAAAAUUUAUAAAGUAGUACUAUUUUAUUGAAUUAGUCUAUAAAUAUAGUGAGAAGAUCUAGUCUACUUAAAUUUUUGUGUCCAUCUUUGCUCAAAUUGUUUGAAGAAUUUUAUGGAAGACUCUUUUGCAUCUUUUAGAUUUUUUUCUUAAUCUAAAUGCUUGAAUGUUGUGAACUUGUCGUAAACUUUUUUGCGGUUUCGCAAUAACUUAAAAAGGAAAAAGAAAAAGGAAAACAACAAUACAUUUGUUGAGCCAAAAGAAGAAAAAAUAAAAGAGAAAAGAGAAUAACAUAUUUUGCUAGUUGCCUCUGCAAAACCCUCUCGCCCCAAACCCCAGCGGCUGACACACGGUGGAGGUGGAGAAACAAGAGAACAAUGGCGAAGAAGAGAGACCAAUCACAAGAUCUGCUGGAGACCCUCGGAGACUUCACGAGCAAAGAGAACUGGGACAAGUUCUUCAGUAUCAGAGGCACUGAAGACCCCUUCGAGUGGUACGCCGAGUGGCCUCAACUCAAAGACCCUCUACUCUCGCACUUCCCCCGCUUCAAUACCAACCGAAGUUCACAAAACUUUGCUGAUGCUCCGGCGUCUUCUUCACCUCAAAUUCUUGUGCCGGGUUGCGGCAAUUCCCGGCUUUCCGAGCACAUUUACGAUGCUGGAUAUCGCGGCAUUACCAACAUUGAUUUCUCGAAAGUGGUUAUAUCCGAUAUGUUGCGCCGCAACGUGCGUUUGCGGCCUGACAUGCGGUGGCGUGUCAUGGACAUGAUCAGCAUGCAGUUCAUGGAUGAGACUUUCGAUGUUGUUCUUGAUAAGGGGGGAUUGGAUGCUCUGAUGGAACCGGAGCUUGGCCCCAAGUUGGGAAGUCAAUAUUUAUCAGAGGUGAAGAGAGUAUUGAAGUCUGGGGGAAAGUUUAUCUGUCUCACCCUUGCUGAGUCUCAUGUUCUAGGUUUACUUUUCUCUAGAUUUCGAUUUGGGUGGAAAAUGAAUCUUCAUGCUAUACCUUGGAAAUCAUUGAACAAGCGUAGCUUUCAAACUUUUAUGGCGGUUGUCGAGAAAGAUAGUACAACUGCGUCACAUCAGAUAAUGGCAUCAUUUAGUCAUUUAUCUCUUGAUUGUAAUAGUAAACAGGCUCAUGGCAUCCAUGAGGCACUUGAAAAUGAGAAUAGGAUUCGUAUGGGAUCCUGUGAUUCUGAUAUACUAUACUCCCUUGAAGAUCUGCUUUUGGGCGCUAAAGGAAAUCUGAAAGAACUUAGUCAAGGUCGUCGGGUCCAACUUACGAUGGGUGAAAAAAAGGGAUCCCGUUUUAGUUACAGAGCUGUACUUCUUGAUGCUAAGGAGCAGUCUGGACCAUUUGCAUAUCAUUGCGGUGUUUUUCUUGUCCCCAAGAAUCGGACCCAUGAAUGGCUCUUCUCUUCAGAAGAAGGACAAUGGAUGGUAGUGGAAAGCUCAAAAGCAGCUCGUCUAAUAAUGGUUUUAUUAGACAUGAGCCAUGCUAACUCCAGCAUGGAAGAUAUUCAGAAGGAUUUAUCUCCACUUAUUAAACAGUUGGAACCUGGAAAAGAUGAUAAUGAUGCUCAAAUUCCGUUUAUGAUUGCUAGCGAUGGUAUUAAGCAACGGAAAACUGUUCAGCAGGUCACAUCUGAACUGACUGGAUCAAUAAUUGUUGAAGAUGUGAUCUAUGAAAAUGUUGAUGAUAAUAUUAGUCGCCUGUUGGAAACAAAGGAUUUGGUAUUUCGCCGACUUACUUUUGCAAGAACUGAGAGUUUAGUGCAAUCCGAAGCUUUGUUAACGAGGAAGGAAUCUCUGCAAAAUGUUGGUGAAAUGGAGAGGAAAAAAGCCACUUCAUCAUCCAAAUCUAAAAAAAGAGGAAACCAGAGAAAAAUUGAUUCACGGUCAUCACUAAUUAAUGAACGGAGCGGCAAUAUGGAAGUUGAUCACAACCAUUUGGCUAGUUCUUAUCAUACUGGAAUCAUUUCCGGCUUUAUGUUGAUCUCAUCUUAUUUGGAUAGCAUCGUGUCAACUGAAAUAGGAGUUAAAGUAGUCGUAAUAGGCCUUGGAGCGGGUCUACUUCCUAUGUUUCUCCACAAAUGUAUGCCUUUUUUGCAUAUUGAGGUAGUAGAGUUAGAUCCUAUGGUUUUAAAUGUUGCGAGGGACUACUUUGGUUUUAGUGAAGAUGAACAGUUGAAGGUACAUAUUGCUGAUGGAGUCCAAUUUGUUAGAGAAGCUGCAAAUUUUGUGACAGCUGAUGUUGUGACUGGCUCUGGAGAUGCGGAUGCUUUCCGCAAUGCAAAUUCUCCUUCUCCCAGUGGAAUUUGCACCGUGUCCCUUGCUGACAGCCAAGCAGCAUGUAAAAUUGACGUACUUGUUAUUGAUGUGGACUCUUCAGAUUCUAGCUCUGGAAUGACCUGUCCUGCAGCAGAUUUUGUGGCUGAGACUUUUCUUUUGGCUGUAAAAGAUGCCAUUUCUCCGCAGGGUCUCUUUAUUAUUAAUCUGGUCUCAAGGUCCCCAGCCAUCAAGGAUACAGUUGUUUCAAGGCUAAAAGCAGUAUUCAGCCACCUCUACUGCCUUGAACUUGAGGAAGAUGUAAAUGUUGUUCUCUUUGCUCUCCAUACCGAGGUUCCCCUUGGGGAGGAUCAAUUUGCAGAAGCAGCUCAUCAGCUUGAGAAACUACUGAAGUUCAACCAGCCAGAGAGAUGCCACAGCAUUAUUGCUGCUGCAAAGAAGAUAAAAUGUUUGAAGUGAAUAUAUCCAUUCCUGCCUUGUUCAACUUUCCCUAUUGAGAUUUUUGCUAGUUUCCUUCGAUUUUUGGUGAAGAAAGUGGGAGAUCCUAAGGCUCUGCCAGUCGCAUGUCCUGAAAAGGCGUUGUCUGCAGUUUGUCAUUGGUUUGAAUAUGAGUAGGCAUUUAGUACAGCCGAUGAGCGCAGUUUGUCAACGCGACUACGUUUGGUUUUUAGCGCAGUUUCAGUUGCCAAUGAGCUGCAAUGUGGAGGUGAAUUGCAAGGUGGAAAGAUGCUUUAAAAAAAGGAGAGAAAAAAACAGGUGAAUUGGAUUAUGUUUGUAGCUGCCACAUUACCCUUGUCAACCAUGGUUACGGACUGUGGCAUAUAUUGGUUGUCCAUGUUUUUCCUCCCCUGAUUGUCCUGUAUGCACAUGGCUGUGACCUUCAGCAUAUUGUCUUAAUUAUAAUCAGGCAAGCAUGUGAUCCUCAGCUGCUUUUGGCUUGCCCCUUGUAUAGGUUUAUAACUAUUAUUGUCUGAAAAAAAAAUACGUAAAAAAGCAGUGGCUGCGGAGCCGGCCUAUCUGUCUGCUUUCAGGUAGUCAUGGACUGGACAAUUUUUUUGGUCAAUAGUCUUGGAUGAGCCUGUGAGAAGUAAGAACAUGCAUUGGCAUUAUGUGUUUAAUGAUUUGACUUGUUAAA